CUGCCGGGGCGUGCCAAGGUGGCCUUCGUGCUCACGGGAGUGCUCAUUUUUGCCCUAGCGCUCUUUGGCAACUCGCUGGUGGUCUACGUGGUGACCCGCAGCAAGGCCAUGCGCACCGUCACCAACAUCUUCAUCUGCUCCUUGGCGCUCAGCGACCUGCUCAUCGCCUUCUUCUGCAUCCCUGUCACCAUGCUCCAGAACAUCUCUGACACCUGGCUGGGGGGUGCCUUCAUUUGCAAGAUGCUGCCAUUUGUCCAGUCAACUGCUAUCGUGACCGAAAUUCUCACUAUGACCUGCAUUGCUGUGGAAAGGCACCAGGGACUUGUGCAUCCUUUUAAAAUGAAGUGGCAAUACACCAACAGAAGGGCUUUCACCAUGCUCGGUGUGGUUUGGCUGCUGGCGGUCAUCGUAGGAUCACCCAUGUGGCAUGUGCAGCGCCUUGAGAUUAAAUAUGACUUCUUAUAUGAAAAAGAGCAUGUCUGCUGUCUGGAAGAGUGGGCCAGCCCUGCGCACCAGAAAAUCUAUACCACGUUCAUCCUUGUCAUCCUGUACCUCCUGCCUCUUAUGCUGAUGCUGAUCCUGUACAGUAAAAUUGGUUAUGAACUUUGGAUAAAGAAAAGAGUGGGGGAUUGCUCAGUGCUUCGCACUAUUCACGGAAAAGAAAUGUCAAAAAUAGCCAGGAAGAAGAAGCGAGCUGUCGUUAUGAUGGUGACGGUGGUGGCUCUCUUUGCUGUUUGCUGGGCACCUUUUCAUGUCGUGCACAUGAUGAUUGAAUACAGCAAUUUUGAAAAGGAAUAUGACGAUGUCACAAUCAAGAUGAUUUUUGCUAUCGUGCAAAUAAUUGGAUUUUCCAAUUCCAUCUGUAAUCCCAUUGUUUAUGCAUUUAUGAACGAAAACUUUAAAAAAAAUUUUUUAUCUGCAGUUUGUUAUUGCAUUGUAAAAGAAACCUUAUCUCCAGCACGAAGGCAUGGAAAUUCAGGAAUUACAAUGAAGCAGAAGAAAGCAGUGUUUUCCCAGAGAGAAAACCCAGUGGAGGAGACCAAAGGAGAAGCAUUCAGUGAUGGCAACAUUGAAGUCAAAUUGUGUGAACAACCAGAAAGGAAAAAACAUAUCAAAUGA